UGGAGUGAGGAUCUCCGCUGCGCAGUCUCGCUGCAAUAUGACUGUGGAUGAUUGCGUGUUAUAUUAAGAACUCCGUCAAGCCUUGUGAAAACCGUGAACACACGUUCCUUCUACUCGUGAUUUGCAAGUGGAUAUGCUGAAUGUAAGGACAGAGGAAACCUGCGGCUGAAUAUCAGUAGAAGCUCACAGGUUUCGUUGGAGAAAGUGCUCGUUUUAUUCUAGUGGGAAAGAUAUAUUAAGGAUUCUGCAGGUACUUAUUCUGAGGACAAUAUGCCUCAGACGUCACCGCUGACUGGCAUGCUGGUCUCCAGUGGUUACAACCAGAACCAGAACCAGACCAAGGAAGAGGGACUGUAUUACCAUGACAAUACCCUGGUGUCCGGCUCGCUUGAGGCCCUCAUCCACCACCUUGUCCCCAGCAUGGACUACUACCCUGACAGGACAUACAUCUUCACCUUCCUGCUCUCCUCUCGUCUGUUCAUCCACCCCUACGAGCUCAUGUCCAAAGUCUGUCACCUGUGUAUGGAACAGCAGAGACUGAGUGACCCUCAGGCAGACAAGAUGAGGAUCAGGAAGUUGGCUCCCAAGAUCCUCCAGCUGCUUCAGGAGUGGACGGAGACGUUCUCCUACGACUUCAGAGACGAGAGGAUGAUGAGGAGCUUGAAGGAGCUGACCCAACGCCUGUCCUCAGGGGACGAGCUGUACAGGAAGGUGGUUCACCAGAUGAUUCAGGUCCUAAUCAGGAAGCUGACUACUCUGAGCCAGUACGAGGAAGCCCUGGUCAAGAUCAAUGCUACGGCUACAGACAGACUGACUGUGCUCAAGGCCAAGCCUCAGGCCAUCCAGAGGGACAUGCUGUCCAUCUGCAAUGACCCCUUCACCAUGGCACAGCAACUCACUCACAUAGAACUGGAGAGACUGAGCAACAUCGAACCAGAGGAAUUUAUCCAGGCUUUUGAGAAGAAAGACCUUCUGGACAAUGAUAAGAGCUGUUUCAGCGACCAGAAGAAGGCUAGUAGCCUGGAGGCAUAUGUACAGUGGUUCAACAGACUCAGCUUCCUGGUGGCCACAGAGAUCUGCAUGCCCGUAAAGAAGAAGCAGCGAGCGCGAGUCAUGGAGUUCUUCAUCGACGUGGCGCGGGAAUGCUUCAACAUCGGCAACUUCAACUCCCUCAUGGCCAUUAUCUCUGGGAUGAACAUGAGUCCUGUGUCUCGACUGAAGAAGACCUGGAGCAAAGUCAAGACGGACAAGUUUGAUAUCUUGGAGCACCAAAUGGACCCUUCCGGUAACUUCUACAAUUACAGAACGGCGUUGAGAGGAGCGACACAGAGGUCUAGAACAGCCAACAGCACCAGAGAGAAGAUCGUUAUCCCGUUCUUCAGCCUACUGAUUAAAGAUAUCUACUUCCUGAACGAGGGAUGUUCCAACAGGAUGCAGAAUGGACACGUUAACUUUGAGAAAUUCUGGGAGAUGGCGAAGCGGGUCAGCGAGUUCAUGGUUUGGAAGAAGGUGGAGUGUCCGUUUGAGAAGGACCGUAAAAUCCUCCAGUACUUGCUUACCGCACCAGUUUUCAGCGAGGACACUCUGUAUCUGGCCUCUUAUGAGAGUGAAGGCCCUGAGAACCACAUGGAGAAGGACAGAUGGAAGUCUCUGAGGUCCACUCUGCUAAGUAGAGUCUAGAGCUUCUGAACAGAACCAUGUUAAACCCAUCUGACAACCAAGCCUUACCCUGCGGUGAUGUCCGAAUAACAGUGUCCCUGGCCUGAAGGGAAACAACCAUCUGAACUGCACUAUUCAGCAGGAUCUUCUUCUGUUCCGCAGUCAAGGAUUUAUAGCUAAGAAUCCCUCCAGUUGAUUGGCUCUUCCUUCACGCUACGUUUCCAAGGACAGCUUUUUAUUUUUUUCAUCUCUUUUGUAUGAAUUUUUGUAGCCUUUUAUUAAAGACGUUACGACCAUCACGACU